GUGUAGUUGCUUGGAGGGUAAGAAAUUAGAAACCCUAACUUUUAAGUCGGCCUGAUUGUAUUAGGAAAUAGAGAGAGAAACCCAAUUUUAGUAGGUUCUCUUCAUUUAUGUUAAGUUUUAUAGCCGUUAAGUCAUUUUAAUUUAACUUAUUUUAAUUCAAGUUACCCCAUAUUUUUUCGUUAGUUCUUUUAAUUCCAAAAAAUUGUAUACGCUAGUUCUGUUUUCUCUUUUAUAUUAUUCGCUUUUAUAUAUUUUUUUUCAUAAAGAGAGACAACUGGUAAAAAACCGCGGUUACCCACUUCUUUCGGGCUAGAGAGGCUAUUGGGAAUUUCAUUCCAUCCAUGCCGUGGCCACAUUAAAGCAGAUUUACCAGCUUAGAGUAUUGAACCUGGAACCUCUCAUUUUUUGUUUAUUGGGGAACGGUAGUCUGCACCCUUACCAUUGGGCCACUUGAUGUUGUUUAUUAUUAAGAAAUUUUAAGUUUUGGUAUUUACCAAACUCAAACUCCAACUUUCCUUUUCACUGCGCUCCUCGCCGAGCCAAUUUCUCUAGCAACCGGCACUAUGCCAUAGGUCCCGCCACAACGAUGACUACGGAACUGGAAGUUGGAAAGCUGGGUUGGGUCGGAGCUCAGGAGAACCAUGUAGAGGCACCUGAAGAGUUCCCAAAGAAGGCUAAACUGUUCUUCGCCCAUGCUGCUGAAAAUUGGAAUGCUGAGUUUUACUCCAAAUUCAAUGACGAUGUUUAUGCAACUGUUGGUCAGUAUUAUCAUUUAUUAGACGGACACGAACGCUUUUCAAUUUGCAUUUGUAUGAUACUUGAGUCCAAAUUAAUUCAGAUUCAAUGUGAAUCCAAGGGAUCGAAUGCGAGAGCACAAUGGCAAAGCGUCCAUGGGAAAUCUAUGGUUUCCCAACUGAUGCAUUGCUCUCUAGGUUUCUUCAUUUCUCUUCUUUCCGCCUAAACUUACUUAGUUCUUUUAAUCUUUGUUCAACCUUUUAAGGUUUUACUGGAAUAACAAUCUUUCUACUUGUACUGCCCUGCUUUGAUAUCUGCAAGUACUGCAACCUGGUUGGAGCUGUCUUACAUCUUGAGUUAGUUUUA